GCAGGCAGUCAGUUAGCUGAGCAGCUGCAGCGGCAAUAACUGCCACCUCUGUCUGUCCGAGGGAUCCGAUCUCACCGGAUUCCGUCCCGAUUCCGGCAAGUGGUUGGCCAGCCGCCACCGCCACCGCCCAAUCCAAUUCCCGAUCCGAGCAGGACACCGUUGAGUAUUUGGCCGUCUCCGUGUGGCACUCAAUUUCUGAACUGAACCCAUCGGGCCUGACCUGAGUCGUCGUAUUCUCCUGGACCUCCUCACUGAAGCCCUCCAAAUAAUGGCGGCCGCCGCAUCGGCGCUUCGGCGGGUCUACCUCGCCGUCUACAACUGGGUCGUCUUCUUCGGAUGGGCGCAGGUGCUGUACUACGCGGUGUCGGCGCUGCUAGGGAGCGGAGGCCACGAGGCCGUCUACGCCGCCGUCGAGAAGCCUCUGCAGUUCGCGCAGACCGCCGCCGUCAUGGAGAUUCUUCAUGGGCUUGUAGGAUUGGUGAGGUCUCCGGUCUCUGCAACCAUUCCACAAAUUGGAUCCAGAUUGUUUCUUACAUGGGGCAUCUUGUGGAGCUUUCCUGAGACGCAGUCUCAUAUUCUCGUUACUUCCUUGGUCAUAAGUUGGUCCAUCACUGAGAUCAUUAGAUAUUCUUUCUUUGGUAUGAAGGAGGCACUUGGAUUUGCACCUUCUUGGCUUUUAUGGCUUAGGUAUAGCACUUUUAUGAUAUUGUAUCCAAUUGGUAUCCUUAGUGAAGUUGGACUAAUCUACAUUGCUCUACCCUACAUGAAGGCCUCCGAGAAAUAUUAUCUUAAGAUGCCUAACAAAUGGAACUUCUCCUUAGACUACUUCUACACAUCUGCUAUUGCCAUCGGCGCCUAUGUUCCAGGAGGGCCACACAUGUUCACUUAUAUGCUUGCCCAGAGGAAGAAGGCCCUGUCAAAGGCAAAGACUGCAUGA